AUGGCUUCAAAGUUUCUACGAGAAUAUAAGUUGGUGGUCGUUGGAGGUGGUGGUGUCGGAAAGUCUUGCUUGACGAUUCAAUUAAUCCAGAGUCACUUCGUGGAUGAAUAUGACCCGACAAUCGAAGAUUCCUACCGCAAGCAGUGUGUUAUCGACGAUGAGGUCGCUUUGUUGGACGUGUUGGAUACGGCCGGACAGGAAGAAUACUCGGCAAUGCGUGAACAGUACAUGCGAACCGGAGAAGGUUUCCUUCUGGUCUACUCGAUAACAUCCCGCCAAUCCUUCGAAGAAAUUAUGACCUUCCAGCAACAAAUUCUCCGCGUGAAGGACAAGGACUACUUCCCUAUCAUCGUCGUUGGAAACAAGUGUGAUCUAGAGAAGGAGCGGGCUGUGACGGAACAAGAGGGCGAAGCUUUGGCUCGUCAAUUCGGCUGCAAAUUCAUUGAAACGUCGGCGAAAUCCCGUAUCAAUGUUGAAAACGCCUUCUACGACCUUGUCCGUGAGAUCCGUCGCUACAACAAAGAGAUGUCGUCGUACCCAUCAGGCUCGGGCGCAUUCGGUUCCCGCGCCCCCGAAGGCAAGAUGGACGUGAGCGAGCCCGGCGACAACGCCGGCUGCUGUGGAAAGUGUAUUGUUAUGUAA